CGUGCGAAAUUUCAAUUUUUUCAAUAUCCUUUAUUGAUUGACCAAAGAUAUUUUACAAGCCUUUCUCCACUAAGCCCUUCUCUCUUCUCUCUUGGCCUCUCACUUGAAUCUCCCACAAAUUGAUCAAUCACAAAUUCCUUCUUCUUCUCUCUCUCUCUUCUCGAUCCCUACGAUUUUCCUCGCCAAGAAUCAAUUAUGAAAGGAGCUAAAUCAAAGACUGAAACCAGGAGCUCCAAGCUCUCUGUGACCAAGAAGCCGGCAAAAGGAGCAGGGCGUGGCAAAGCGGCUGCUAAGGAUCCAAACAAACCAAAGAGGCCAGCCAGUGCCUUCUUCGUUUUCAUGGAAGAUUUCCGUGAGACUUUCAAGAAGGAAAACCCCAAGAACAAGUCUGUUGCUACUGUUGGAAAAGCUGCUGGAGACAAGUGGAAAUCCUUGUCAGAUUCUGAGAAAGCUCCUUAUGUUGCUAAGGCUGAGAAACGCAAGGUUGAAUAUGAGAAGAACAUUAAAGCUUACAACAAGAAAUUGGAGGAAGGUCCAAAGGAAGAUGAGGAAUCUGACAAGUCAGUGUCAGAGGUCAAUGACGAGGAUGAUGCUGAGGAUGGUAGUGAAGAGGAGGAGGACGAUGACUAAAGAAGCUGAAGUUGUGGUAGCAUUAGUAUAGAUGGCUGCAAAGAUCUCUCUGGGCGAUUAUCCUUUUUUAUUUUAUUUUACUUGAAAUGUUGAUGGGGCUGAUUAAAAGGGUCUUUCUUUUAUCUUGUAUUUCCACGGUCUCCCACUAAAGCCCUUUGGAUGGAGAAAGUGAAUUGUAGAAUGUUUAGAUGGUGAAAGUGAGACUUGCAGCUCUGUACUCUUUGCCCUAUAAAACAAUUUAGUUUUCUUUUCUCAUUUAUGAUAUAAAUCGUUAAUGAUGUUGGUUAAA